AUGCAGACGCAAGCUGGGGCCUUGUCCCAUGUGGCUCGCUGGUUCUCCUUCCUGGGCUCCCAGGUGCCCUUCACUGCCGUGGGCAACAAGUACGCCAACAGCAAGGCCCCCCCACGUAAUUCCAAUGUAAGUAACACAACUGCCAAUGGUCAACUCGCUGAAUGUCUCCUCCUUCCAUUGAAAAUGAAAGAUUUCUGGUUGUUUUGUGGCCCAAGUAGUGAGCAAUGUGAAUACACUGUUAAGAGCAGAGUCCUAAUUUGAGAUCUUCACACUUAACACAAAUGUUCACUUAAAUCAAGCAUUCCAAUAUCCCCCUGACUGUAUCCUCCUCUCUGUGUCCCUGUUCUCAGUCUGAGGAGAAGGAGAAGAAGCAGGACGUGGGGAAGUUUGUGGAGCUUCCAGGAGCCGAGAUGGGCAAGGUGGUGGUCCGCUUCCCCCCUGAGGCCAGCGGGUAAGGGGCAACUUCCCACAACAACAGUGAUGUGUUCAUUAGGAAAAACAUACAGAAAACUUUUGUACAUGUCUCUUUUUCUUAGGUACCUGCACAUUGGCCAUGCCAAGGCUGCCCUGCUCAACCAGCACUACCAGGUGACCUUCAAGGGCAAGCUCAUCAUGCGCUUUGACGACACCAACCCUGAGAAGGAGAAGGAGGACUUUGAGAAGGUAUCCCCCCACCCCAAUCUUCUGAAUUCAUGUAUAAACAAUCCUGUGUGAAAACCGAGAAUAGGCUACAUUAAAGAAAAUAAGACAUUUUAGGAGAGAGAAUGCAUUUACAGUGGGGAGAACAAGUAUUUGAUACACUGCCGAUUUUGCAGGUUUUCCUACUUACAAAGCAUGUAGAGGUCUGUCAUUUUUAUCAUAGGUACACUUCAACUGUGAGAGACGGAAUCUAAAACAAAAAUCCAGAAAAUCACAUUGUAUGAUUUUUAAGUAAUUCAUUUGCAUUUUAUUGCAUGACAUAAGUAUUUGAUACAUCAGAAAAGCAGAACUUAAUAUUUGGUACAGAAACCUUUGUUUGCAAUUAGAGAUCAUACGUUUCCUGUAGGUCUUGACCAGGUUUGCACACACUGCAGCAGGGAUUUUGGCCCACUCCUCCAUACAGACCUUCUCAAAAUCCUUCAGGUUUCAGGGCUGUUGCUGGGCAAUACGGAUUUUCAGCUCCUGCCAAAGAUUUUCUAUUGGGUUCAGGUCUGGAGACUGGCUAGGCCACUCCAGGACCUUGAAAUGCUUCUUACGGAGCCACUCCUUAGUUGCCCUGGCUGUGUGUUUCGGGUCGUUGUCAUGCUGGAAGACCCAGCCACGACCCAUCUUCAAUGCUCUUACUGAGGGAAGGAGGUUAUUGGCCAAGAUCUCGCGAUACAUGGCCCCAUCCAUCCUCCCCUCAAUACGGUGCAGUCGUCCUGUCCCCUUUGCAGAACAGAUCCCCAAAGAAUGAUGUUUCCACCUCCAUGCUUCACGGUUGGGAUGGUGUUCUUGGGGUUGUACUCAUCCUUCUUCUUCCUCCAAACACGGCGAGUGGAGUUUAGACCAAAAAGCUAUAUUUUUGUCUCAACAGACCACAUGGCCUUCUCCCAUUCCUCCUCUGGAUCAUCCAGAUGGUCAUUGGCAAACUUCAGACAGGCCUGGACAUGCGCUGGCUUGAGCAGGGGGACCUUGCGUGCGCUGCAGGAUUUUAAUCCAUGACGGCGUAGUGUGUUACUAAUGGUUUUCUUUGAGACUGUGGUCCCAGCUCUCUUCAGGUCAUUGACCAGGUCUUGCCGUGUAGUUUUGGGCUGAUCCCUCACCUUCCUCAUGAUCAUUGAUGCCCCACGAGGUGAGAUCUUGCGUGGAGCCCCAGACCGAGGGUGAUUGACCGUCAUCUUGAACUUCUUCCAUUUUCUAAUAAUUGCGCCAACAGUUGUUGCCUUUUCACCAAGCUGCUUGCCUAUUGUCCUGUAGCCCAUCCCAGCCUUGUGCAGGUCUACAAUUUUAUCCCUGAUGUCCUUACACAGCUCUCUGGUCUUGGCCAUUGUGGAGAGGUUGGAGUCUGUUUGAUUGAGUGUGUGGACAGGUGUCUUUUAUACAGGUAACGAGUUCAAACAGGUGCAGUUAAUACAGGUAAUGAGUGGAGAACAGGAGGGCUACUUAAAGAAAAACUAACAGGUCUGUGAGAGCCGGAAUUCUUACUGGUUGGUAAGUGAUCAAAUACUUAUGUCAUGCAAUAAAAUGCAAAUGAAUUACUUAAAAAUCAUACAAUGUGAUUUUCUGGAUUUUUGUUUUAGAUUCCGUCUCUCAGAGUUGAAGUGUACCUAUGAUAAAAAUUACAGACCUCUACAUGCUUUGUAAGUAGGAAAACCUGCAAAAUCGGCAGUGUAUCAAAUACUUGUUCUCCCCACUGUAUGUAUUACUAUUGCCUGGAGGCAUUAUGUAAAAGCUGAAUUACUUGAUACUUGUAAAAAAGGGAAAUGAUCGAAUGUCUGACCUACUAAAACAACCACAAGUAUAAAGUGGUAAGGAUGAAACCACAGAAAAGGGAUCUAGCCUAAUCAUUUUCCUUUGUGUCUGUCUCAGGUGAUCCUGGAGGACGUGGCCAUGCUGCAGAUCAAGCCAGACCAGUUCACCUACACCAGCGACCACUUUCCCCGCAUCCAGGGCAUGGCGGAGCAGCUGCUGAGGGAUGGCAAGGCCUACAUCGACGACACACCCCCAGAGCAGAUGAAGGCAGAAAGGGAGCAGCGCACAGAGUCACGCCACCGCAGCAACUGUAAGGGCAAUAUGAGUGGUGUAAUAGCUGACUACCAACUUGACCCCUUGUCCGUAGCCACUGCGUUAGAUCUGAAACUGAUUUUCUCUGAAAUUUCAGAGGCAGUGGCGGUCGGUGCCGUUUAAGAUGAGGGAGGACGAUUAUUUUUUUCCAUGAGCAUGGCCUUAUUUCUAUUACAGCAUAUUGGAUGACUGUCAUUCAUAUUCCAUUCACCCAGCUCAAUGUAACAUCGAUAGGUUUAGGCUUCUACUUGAUACUUGAAUUUGCCCUAUACUCAUCAUGAGGUGGCUACAACCUAGCCUAUGAAUGAAAGUUUACAACGUAGGUGCACACAGGUCGAGAUAAAUAUUUGAGGUGCCAGACAGUGACACAUGGACAGACAGCAACACAUUCAAUACCGCCUUGCAACUAGCUCGUCUAGGGUGUAAUCAUUAGUCCAACAGAUGCAAAUUUGUUUUAUUGGACAAAUUCUGGUAUGUUUAUCCCCGUUUUGUUCCGUUUGCUUCCGUUUAAGAAAUGUUUUUUUCAACAGAAUCGGUGGCAUGAAUACAAACAACCCUGAUCACACAUUAACACAGUUCACUUUCAUAGCAGCCACAUUGCAUUCCUUCUCGCAUCUACGUGCUCUCCUCCUCUCACCUUUUCCCUUCGCUUGUGGACUUCAAUGCACAACACAUCAGCUGUAUGUGACCAGGCUUAAAAAACUUUCCAAGCCAAACCAUAUCAUAACUGCUACACACAGCCUAGAUCAUUGUCACCAUAUUAGCUAAAGUAACGUCAUAGUCAACAUAGCUAAUAGAACUAACGCUUUAGGAAACCUGCUACAAUCAUUGUAUAGUCAGUAAGCAGUUUAGCAGUCACACCGGUGAAAGUGAAAAAAAUACUAAAUAUAUAUCUCUGCUUCUCCUUCAUUUUUGAAGAAAUGUAUUUAACUGUUCAACUAUUGUCUCUCUCUCACUUUGAGUCAACUACUCACCACAUUUUAUGCACUGCAGUGCUAGCUAGCUGUAGCUUAUGCUUUAAGUACUAGAUUAAUUAUCUGAUUCUUUGAUUGGGUGGACAACAUGUCAGUUCAUGCUGCAAGAGCUCUGAUGGGUUGGAGGACAUUCUCUAGAAGUUGUCAUAAUUACUGUGUAAGUCUAUGGAAGGUGGUGUGAACAAUGAGCCUCGUAGGAUUUGUUUUGAAGUCAAUGUACCCAGAGGAGGAUGGAAGUUAGCUGUCCUCCAGCUACACCAUGGUGCUGCCCUACAGAGUGCUGUUACAGAGUGCUGUUGAGACCUUCAUUGAAAUACAAUAUAUUUAGCAUAGUUUUAUCUAAAAAGGAUAACUUUUUACAAGUUUCACUUUUUUUUUUUUUAUGAAAUUCACUGAGGAGGAUAGUCCUCCCCUUCCUCCUCUGAGGAGCCUCCACUGUUCAGAGGGUAUGUGGAAGUUUUUACCACGUGACUUGCUCCAUCAUUUAGUCGCAUUGACCCCAACAUACAUUUUGAGCUCUGUAAGUUUUUGAAAAGAGAUUCUAAGCUAGCUCAGUAGAGCUAGUUAUAACGGAGGUAUCCCUGAUCAGAUGUUACAUUUUAGUCAUGAAGCAGCCGCUCUUAAGCGUAAAUCACAGUCCACAGACGCUGAGACGCGAUAGUCCGGUUUCCCAUUAUGACAUAGCUACGGGGCUCUGAGACCACCAUCCCCACAAUUACCAACCAACGCCCUCCGGUACUCGUCCUCUAUUAAUUUGAAUGUUGACAGUUGGAGAAAUAGCUUGAGCUGCACUCAGAAUUAGAAAAGUAUGAAAGCCAACGGUCCAAUAUUCUAGAACACUGCUGGGCGUACACGUUUUGUAUUAUUAUAAACCCUUUCCAGAGCGACUUACAGGAGCAAUUAGGGUUAAGUGCCUUGCUCAAUGGCACAUCGGCAGAUUUUUCACCUAGUCGGCUCGGGGAUUCUAACUAGCGACCUUUAGUUUACUGGCCCAAUGCUCUUAACUGCUAGGCUGCCUGCCACUCAAAAGAUGUUCAGAGAAAAUCUCCCCUGAAGUUUGUCAGUUUUCAGCACAGCGCUGUUUGCAUUCUGCACGUUGCAAUGCAAGUCCUACUUUAGAAGACCUCUAUUAUUUGGCAUAACUUGUAGCUUGCUUGCUGCUCAUUUAACAGUCUAACGGGAUAAUGUGCUAGCUAGCUAGUUGAUACGUCUACGAGUUGGUGUGUGUCCUAGUAAGCUAAACCGCUAUAGUGCCUUCAGAAAGUAUUCAUACCCCUUUACUUAUUCCACAUUUUGUGUCACCAUCCUAAAUUCAAAAUGGAUAAAAUUUUGACAAAGUAAAAACAUGUUUUUAGAAAUGUUAGCAAAUGUAUUGAAUAUGAAAUACAGAUCUCAUUUACAUAUGUAUUCACACCCCUGAGACAAUACUUUGUAGAAGCACCUUUGGCGGCGAUUACAGCUUUGAGUAGUCUUGGGUAUGUCUUUCUAAAUGGUUUAGUUACUGCUCUGACGUCCAAUGUCAACUGUGGGACCUUUAUCACAGGAGGCUGCUGAGGGAAGGACAGCUCAUAUUAAUGGCUGGGAUAGAGUGAAUGGAAUGGUAUCAAACACAUGCAAACCAUGUAUUUGAGUUCGAUACCAUUCCAUUAAUUGGCUAGCUUGUCAGUUGACUCUUAGCUAGCAAGUACUUAUUUUGAAAGUUGGAUUUAAUCAGCAGAGGCUUUAAAAUUGUACACGUUGAUAUUCAAAUGAAUUGGGUUGGUUAGAAAAUGUGGUGUUCUAGUGAAUUCUGUUUGAAUCCAAAAACAGACCAUACCAAUAUUUUUGACUGUGCUAAUAAUGCUAAUUAGCUUGCAAGACAAGCGACUGAUUUUGAUAGAGAACCUCGCAUAUUGCUUGAACUUGUCUAGGGUCAAUUUGGAAUUCAGUAAAUAAUGACUGUGAUAUUCAAAACCGCUCGCAGUCUUCACUCUUCUUUCUCUCUUUCUCCCACCCCUCUCCCCCUCCUUUUCUCCACCCCUCCCCCAGCGGUGGAGCAGAACCUAAAGAUGUGGGAGGAGAUGAAGAUGGGCACGGAGUACGGCCAGACCUGCUGCAUGCGGGCCAAGAUUGACAUGGCCUCCAACAACGGCUGCAUGCGCGACCCCACCUUCUACCGCUGCAAGAACACCCCCCACCCCCGCACUGGCACCACGUACAGGUAG